AUGAGCGGCGACGACGGCUCGACGACGUCCGCGUUGGAGCUCGCGCGGCGGGCGGUCGCUUUCGACCGAGCCCAGCGCUUCGAGGAGGCCAUCUACUGUUACGGGGAGGCUGCCGAUCGCCUCAUCCGUCUGGUGCAAGCCAAAAAGGCAACUAAACCUCAGAAUAGAAUUCUGUUGGAGAAGGCCGAAUUCACGUGUUUGAAGGCUCAGCUAUUGGAUGACUCAAAGCAUGCUGAUCUUGCCAUAGACCUCUAUUCGGAAACUGUUCAACUCUGUAUUGGAGCGAGUAAGGAUUGUGAGGAUGAAGAACUUCGAUCAAAGUUACGCACACUUGCCAAUAAUGCGUUGGAGCGUGUCGAGUUUCUUAGGAAUCAACAGAAGUCUGAUCUCACUGAAAUCCUACCUGACGUUCCAUCUGACGUACUUGCUAUCACUUCUAAUAUCAACGGGCGGAAAUACGUGCCUUUCCUCUCAGUCGAUCUUAAGGAGAACUUCAAUUAUUCGAUACCAUUUAGUGAUAAAGAUGGCAAACUUUCAUUGACGAAGAAACAGAAGAAUCGCCUGAAGGCGUGGCUGCGACCUCACGAAAUUUUCGGCGAACCGAAGCUGAUAGACAAUAUUGAUAGUGGAACCAUUAAGCAGACUGUAAUUUCUGAUUGCUCAUUCGUAGCUUCUUUAUCAGUUGCUGCUCGUUAUGAAAGACGAUUUGGCAAGCAAAUAAUCACCAGUAUAAUAUACCCUCAGAACAAGGCUGGAUUACCGGUGUAUAAUCCUGCUGGGAAAUAUAUGGUGAAAUUCCAUAUUAAUGGAGUGUGGCGAAAGGUGAUAAUUGAUGAUUACCUACCAACGGGAGAGAGCUGCGAAUUGUUAUGUUCGUAUAGCCAGAAUAAAGGAGAACUAUGGGUUUCUUUGCUAGAGAAGGCCUAUCUCAAAGUGAUGGGCGGUUACAACUUUCCUGGAUCGAAUUCGAACAUCGAUCUGCACGCUCUAACGGGAUGGAUUCCAGAUCGUAUUUCAAUAAAGAAAGAUAGUCUUGAUUUUGACGGAAAUCAGGUUUUCGAGAAGCUUCUAUCUCGUUUUCAUCGUGGCGAUUGUUUGAUAACAUUAGCCACUGGCAAAUUAUCUGCAGAAACUUGUGAAAGAGCGGGCCUCGUAGAAUGUCAUGCCUAUGCAGUUCUGGACUUACGCAAAAUAGAUGGCAAGCGUCUAUUGAUGGUCAAAAAUCCGUGGACUCAUCUUCGAUGGAAAGGGCGGUACUCAGAAAACGAUGUGGUCAGUUGGAGUCCCACGCUAUGUGAACGUCUUGAUUAUAAUCCUUCGAUGGCGAAAAGCAAGGACGAUGGGGUAUUCUGGAUUGAUUUUGAAUCUGUUUGUCACUUCUUCGAUGUGUUCUAUGUAAAUUGGAAUCCUUCGCUUUUCCCAUUCACUUAUGGAUUACAUGCAGCGUGGAAUUCUUGCAAUGGACCGGUUAAAGAUCUUUAUUCUGUUGCUGACAAUCCACAGUAUUCUCUCGAGGUAUUUAACAAAACAACAAGUGCGGUGUGGAUACUGCUUACAAGACAUAUCACUGAUAUUUCGGAUUUUGCUGACAAUAAGGAAUAUAUCACCGUUAUGGUGUACAAAUCUGGGAAGAAAAUAUAUAUUCCAGUUGAUCCUAAACCUCUUUAUGAAGGAGUACGUAUUAACAGUCCGCAUUAUCUUUGUCAAAUGGUUAUUACAGAGCAAGGAACCCUGAAGUACACGUUAGUUGUCGCACAAUAUGAGAAAAUGAAUACAAUAUACUAUACUCUUCGUGUUUUCUCAUCAAGUCAGUUCACUUUGAGACCGAUCAAAACUCAGUACAAUGUCAAGAAGACAGUUACUGGAGAAUGGAAGGGACGUACAGCUGGUGGGUGUGGAAAUGGACCAAGUAGGGAGAGCUGGAACAACAACCCUCUUUAUGAAAUCAACUUGGGAGAAAGCAGUGAUCAAAAUCUUCUUCUUAUUGAUCUUAAAGGUCCGAAGGAAUAUAGUGUUGGUUUCGAAAUGCGACAAGUUUCGUCGGCAAGAAAUAUAGCAUUCGAUAAGAAGGACUCUGGCGUGUUUAGGUGGGAUAUAGUCUUUAGGACGUAUUAUAAUUUCCCAAAGUAUCUUUUUGAAAGAUAUUGUGGUGAUUUAACUUAUUUUGGGCCUGGAUAUAAUGUAAUCGCUCUGGAGAAAGUGCCGGCUGGUGCGGGUCAAGAAGGACCCUUCAUCCUCAAAGUGGAAGCCUCGUGCGAGUUUCUUAUCAAAAAAAUCCAGUAA